CGGGGAUCCCGGGGCGCCGGGGUCCCGGCUCCGCCGCCGCGCCCCGCCCAGCUCUGUCCCCGCAGCCUCGCGGGCUGCCGGGCUUUGUGGUUCGCCCGUGCGGCUGGGCCCCUGCUGGGGGUGUCGUUGCGAGCAUGUGCAGACAGCAGCCCAAGCCUUCAGGAUAAUUCCUUCAGCAGCGCCGCUGUAACAGAGUGUGACGAAGACAUAGUCUCUCUACAUGAAGACCAGACUGACUGCUCCAGUCUCAGAGAUGAAGACAAUAAAGAAAAUUACCCUGACCCCGGGGCUCUCCUAGAGGAGCCCGCGCCUCCCUCCCGCGAGCCGCAGCAUGUAGAGCCGACGGUGCUGGUGGACGGCGUGCUGCGACCCAGCAUGGGCAACUUCAAGUCCCGGAAGCCCAAGUCCAUCUUCAAGGCAGAGAACGGGAGGAGCCACGGAGAAAGUCAGGAGACAGAGCAGGUGGUGCCCAGCCAGUCGGAGUAUCAGGGGAGAGCAGGAACACCGGCUCAAGAGAGUCCACAAAACCACACUUUCAGGUGCCAAGAAACAGUGCGGCUUCAACCAAGAAUAGACCAGAGGACUGCCGUUUGUCCAAAGGAUGCUUUUGAAACUUGGCAGGAUUUAAAUGAGGAAGAAGCUGCUCAGGUGCAUGGAGUCAAGGACCUGGCCCCUGCGUCCACCCAAAGUGUGCCUGCUGAAGGGGCAGAUGCUGCAGACCCUGCGCCAGGCCACAAAGAUGGGCAGAAUGAAGCAGACAGCACACCAGAAGACCUCCAGUCUGUGGGGACCAGCAGGCUGCUCUAUCACAUCACUGAUGGUGACAACCCGCUGCUCUCACCGCGAUGCUCCAUCUUCAGCCAAAGCCAGAGAUUCAACUUAGACCCUGAAUCAGCCCCUUCUCCACCCAGCACUCAGCAGUUUAUGAUGCCCCGAAGUUCUUCACGGUGCAGCUGUGGUGAUGGCAAGGAGCCACAGACGAUUAUCCAACUCACCAAACAUAUCCAGAGCCUCAAGCGGAAAAUUCGGAAAUUUGAAGAAAAAUUUGAACAAGAAAAGAAAUAUCGGCCUUCACAUGGUGACAAGACUUCUAAUCCUGAAGUUCUGAAAUGGAUGAAUGAUUUGGCUAAAGGUCGUAAACAGCUCAAAGAACUGAAGCUGAAGCUAUCAGAAGAACAAGGCAGUGCUCCUAAAGGCCUACCUAGAAACCUGUCCUGUGAGCAACCCAUGGUCCCCAGAGAGAAUGGGAAGCCAGAAGCUGUGGGCCCUGAGCCAAGCUCCUCUGGAGAGGAGACUCCAGAUGCUGUGUUGACAUGCCUGAAGGAGAAGAGAGAGCAGCUUCCCUCUCAAGAGGAUUCCAAGGGAACUAAGCAAGACAAGAACCUCAUAAAGCCUCUUUAUGACCGAUACAGAAUUAUCAAGCAAAUCUUGUCAACGCCUUCCCUUAUUCCAACAAUUCAGGAGGAAGAGGACUCGGAUGAAGACUGUACACAGGGAAGCCAACAACCUUCUUUGCCAGAUCCAGCAUCUAACCUACCUGUUGGCAACCACCUCACGUACUCUGAGACUGAGCCUGUUAGAGUCCUGCUACCAGAUGAAAAGAAAGAAAUCAAACAACCAGCCCUCUCCAUGUCCAAUUUACAUGAGGCCACUAUGCCUGUACUUCUUGACCAUCUUCGAGAAACUAGGGCUGAUAAGAAGAGACUUCGGAAAGCCUUACGAGAAUUUGAAGAACAGUUUUUUAAACAAACAGGAAGAAGUCCACAAAAGGAAGAUAGGAUACCGAUGGCAGAUGAGUACUAUGAAUACAAGCACAUAAAAGCCAAACUGAGACUAUUAGAGGUCCUCAUCAGCAAGCAAGAUGUGGCCAAAACUAUUUGAGGUUUAGGAAAUGUUUGUGAUCACUUUCACCCACGAUAAAGUCAGGUUUAUUUUCCUCUGCCAUUGUUGCUAAGUAGUUUUGACAUACCGAAAACUGAAGCACUUUAGUGGUAGGUAGUAUGAGCUGUUUUAAGAAGGGAUGGCAAGUGUGAUUAUAAAUGAGGAGGAGGGAUUUAAAUGGGAGGAAAAUAUAGCAAGUAACAGUAUAAUUGGAAAAAAAUUCAACCUCCUCUAUGCCAAGGAGAAAACUCACAAUCAGUAUAUUUCAGAAAACAUCUAAUAUUUUAUCAAAUCUAAAUAACAUAUAGCAUCCACUUGUUCAAUGGGCCACUUGUUAGGGAAAGUCUAUUUAGUGUCCAAAGAUUGCUUAUGUUGCUAUAUGGAAAAGAGCAUGAUUUAAAAAAAAUCAGGAGGAGGAGGAAAAAAAACUCUUCUUUUUUAAGUAGGAAGGAAUAUAGCUAGUAAGAAUGUAAUUUACUUGAAACUGCUAAUAGAUUUUUAAGUGACAAAGAAAAAAAAUCUACUACUUUGUCCCUUAAGUCUGCUAGGCUUUCAGUACCCUAAAAUAUACUAGAAUGUCUCACUGCUAAUUUUUUAUUUCUAUAUAAAAAUAGCACAUUAUUUUAUCUGUUAUUCGAAAUUUUACAUUUCUGAUUACCAAAGUUCAUUCUGAUAGCAUGUACUUUGUGAAUUAUCUUUGUCUAUAAUUGACAGAUGUUUAUAUUAAAAUAAAAGAUUGUAUUGAAAUUUCAAAAUAGGUAUUUUGGAUAGAUAUGUGUCUGUAGUAUAUAAUCUAAUGUGAGCAUAGUAUGAUUGCUAAUCUUUUUGUUUACUAUAAGAUUAUAUAACUAUUUUUCCAUUGGGAAUAUGCAUUUUUCUUAAUGUUCCAAGGUCUAUACUUUGUAAAGUCAAAAAGCUUUCUUGUGAGCUGUAGUUAUUCUUCAUUCUGUACAAAAUGAAAUGUUUGGAAAUUGUUUGCUAUGACACCUUGGAGUAGAAGCCAGAAUAUUUUAUUUGCUUCAUCAACUUUAGUGUAUAUUGUUUUGUGUUAUUUUGUACUAAAACACGUUUAUUAUUUUUGCUUUUGUAAAAAUAAGUGAAAGGUCAACAUUUUCUCUUGUACCAACCAUGUCUGUAUUUCUAUGUUUUCUGUAAUGUUUAAGCAUGAUAUUGAACAAAGUCACAUUUUCAUAUAGUUUGGAUGGGAAGAAUAUUGACUAUUUCAGAGGCUUAUUGUUUUCUCUGUAUUUACCUGAUAUUUUAUAACUUUUAUGAAUCAGAAUAAUGUCCUUCAUAAAUUUGUUUAAUUAAAGUCAUCUACUUGUAACAGGACAGAUACACAACUAUUUGAGGUUUACAAACAACAUCUUUGAUAAGGAAAAUGGUUUCGUGACAUAUACAAUUGCUAUUAAAAUGUAACUCUAUAUAUUCUAUAUGAUUGUAAAUAUUUUAUACAACAAUACAAAUAAAAUAUUUUUCUAUUAUAUUUA